CAUGAGCUACUUGCUAUGGAUGCUAAGUCAUUGGAAUCAGCGCCGUGGGUUAAAGGUGCACCUGUUAAAAUAUUAUCACACGGAUAUACUGGACAUAAAGAUUUCUCUCCGAAUACAGAAAUUAGACCGGCAUACAUGGAAUGUUGUAAUUACAACAUAAUAUCUAUUGACUACAACCCUAUAGCCCGAGAGCCUUGUUACUACAGUGCUGCAACAAACACCGAAUUAGUCGGAAAAUGUACUGCGCAGUUAAUUGACGAACUUAUUCAAAAUCAUGGUUUCAACAUAAGUAAUUUCCACUUGAUUGGAUUCAGUCUAGGUGGUCAAGUUGUUGGCUACGUCGCGAACUACAUAAAAUCUGGACGAUUUGAUAGGAUAACAGCUUUAGAUCCGGCAAUGCCGCUAUUUGUAACGCAUGAUAAGAGUAAGAAAAUAGACUCAGAUGAUGCCAAUUUCGUAGAUGUUUUGCACACCAAUUCUUUAGAAAAAGGGAAACUGGAGUCUAGUGGGACGAUAGAUUUUUACGCUAACGGAGGACUUACGCAACCCGGCUGUCGAACCACGGCUAACGCAUCAAGUUCGUCGUGUGCGCACGCCAGAGCUCCGGCAUAUUAUGCAGAGUCAAUAAACACUGAUGUUGGAUUUUAUGGAACAAAAUGUUAUUCUUGGAUAAGUUAUAUGAUUGGGUGGUGUGAACUUUAUGAUUCUAGCGAUGAUGUUUUAUUUGGGGAAUACGUUCCAACUAAUGUAUCCGGCUUGUAUUUUUUUCGAACAAAUAGUGAAUCUCCAUAUGCACGUGGGCCAAACAAAAGGAAAUCUUAAUGUAUUUAUUAAAUAACAAGAGAUAUUUAAAAUUGUUCACGUUAAUAUUCUAAUGAUAAAAGCAACAUUCUACUUACUGACAGUAAUCCCGAUCUCUAUCGAAUCUACAAUAGUUUAAUUAAAAGUGUAAUUAUCCUAAAUGCAACCGCAAAAUUUGCUGUACAAUAUUUAUAUACUAUUAUUAUAUAAAUUCAGAUACCUACUCUCCUUGUAAUUAUAACGAAGUUACCCGAAAUACUGUAUUAUUUAAGUAUGUAUGUAUGUAUAUAAUGUAUGAGUAUUUCCUGAUGUCCUUAAAUAUAAAUACCUCCUUAUGUAUAUAUAAAAAUAGUUAAUUGAACUUGUUUCUUUUUAAAAUAAAUCAAUCAAGAAGGUCCAAAUUUUAUUUCACAUAAAUACGUAGAAUCGAAUAUUAAUAAUAGUCGAAUUUCAUACAAACAACUCCCGGACGUGGCGUACUGUGUAAUUUAAAGCAUUAAAUACAAUUAUCUGUAAAAUAAAAUAUUGUUUUAAUAAUCUGCUAUCUGGGUGUAUUUUAGGAGGUAUUAACAAGCUACUUUAAAAAUAAAUAGCAUCUCAGUACACAGUCUGUUUGCAUUCUCAAAAGUUGCAUCAAGAGCCUCCUAUUUAUUAAUGGAUUACAAGGACAAUAAGCAUAUCUAUUAUAUUAGUUGUAUUAAGUAGUUAACUGAAUCUAAAAAAAAAUACGUUCAUCAGCUGCUAAAAUGUCCUACAUAAAUAAAUGAUUUUUAAUUGAUUGAUUGAUUGAGUAAAAACAUACAAGAACCACGUAGUUUUAUGUCAAACUGUCAUAUAUAAAUAACUUCAAGUUUACUUACGUAAAGUCAAUCAUACUACUCUGAUUGCCAUAAAAGUUAAGGAAAAUUAUUCUACCUGCUACCGGUAAUGCCGGAGAUAAAACUUUUGAGAUCUAGUUAAAAAAUGUAAG